AUGGCUCCAACUCCAACUAAUCUGCAUUUAUAUAGCACACCAGGCUCGCCAGCUACGAAUGAUGCUUGGAAAUGUUUGACGUGCAAGUUCCCCAAUUGCACAUAUCAGGAAACGAAAGUGCAAUCCAGUUUCGAGCAUAUCCUCAUACACUGCAAGGGUCCAACCCAUCAUCAUUUUUAUCUUGCCGAUAUAGUUAAAGGAGAGGCUGAGAACUGGCAAGAGAUCUUGUACAGCCAGGAAUACGAGGAUAACGUGGGCUCGGUACGAUUGCCGUAUGUCAUAAGCGAGGUGGUGCCACUUGGACAAGGAUUCGGUAUGGAAUAA